CACAGGGAGGAGAGGGGGUUUGGCGUUGAAGCAGCAGAAAUGGCCAGCAAAGUGUUGGAUCUGUUGUACUGGCGAGAUGUGGGGACCACCGGGCUGGUGUUUACAGGUUUGGUUGUGGGUUUGGCUUGUUUGUUCCAGCUCAGUGCCAUUACAGUCAUGUCCAACCUCGGCUUGGGCAUCUUGGCCUUCACCCUCCCUGUGCGCCUCCUUUACAAAGGACUGGAGCUGGUCCACUUCAGUGAUGGAUCUCACCCUUUUCAGUCAUAUUUGGAUGAGGACCGCACACUGACAGAUGAGGACACGGUCUGCAUGGCUGAACAAAUCGUUCUGCUGAUUGCUUCGGCUGUCACCGAGCUGAAGAGACUUUUCUUCAUCGACAGCAUCAUGGAUUCAGUGAAGCUCUUUGGAUUGCUGUAUCUGUUGACCUAUGUGGGGGUCCAAACCAAUGGUCUCACACUGGUGAUGACUGGGGUGAUAUGCACUUUCUCUCUUCCACUGCUGUACAGACUUCAAAAGAAGAGGAUUGAGAAGAUUGUCAAAGCAAUCAAAAAACUUGUGGAUAAAACUACUGAAAUAGUUAAUUUUGUGGUAUCACUGGUCAAGCCUCCACCUGCAUCAGCCCCUGCACCUUCCCCUGCCCCCACACCAAAACAUAAACAGAAGACUAAAUAAAGAGGAAGGAGAAAGAAAUGGGGGUUAGGAGUGUCGAGAAGGCUGAGCAAAGAAAGUGUUACAGUGCAGCUGUUUCCCUGCGUGUUACCUGGGUAUGUCACCUGGUUAUACCUAAGUAGGCAGGGAUAAGGGGGUUAUGAAUAGGCGUUAUGUUUUAAAGUAAGUUUCUUAUGGUGCUAAGAGAUUGUUUAAUGUAAAUUCAGCAACAGGAUUCUGACUAAGAAGUUCACAGAGUCACUUAUUGAAAGUAUGCCAAAUGUCUAAUGUUAUUGUAUUCAGUUAUUUAAAUCACUAUGUAUUUUAUAACUAGUAACUCUACAUAGCUGUUUAGUGUUUAUAAUUACUGGUUAAUUUUGCCUGUCAAAGCUUUUUUCUACUGAUUUUCAAUGAAGUCUUUAAAAACCUUGUGACAGUUGCUAGUAUGUUCUUGUCCACUAGAGGGUACAAUGAGAUCACAAAAUCACAACAAAUCUGGGCCAGCAACAAAAUGUCCGAAAAAUUCUGUUAUGUAAAUUCAUGCUGGAGCUAACAGUUUGGACAAGGAGUGUUUUCCUAAUUUGGAUUUUAAUACUCAUGUUGUACAUUAAUGGAAUGGAAGCUAAGGAGGAUUAAAUGUUUAAUGUCAGUAUGUUUCAAAUCAAAAGUUUCAAAAGAGUCACUUUACAACAAGUCAUGUUUUGCUUAUAUGUCAUUCAUUGUCUGUGGUUUUUGCAACAUGACCCCCAGUAAACACGU